CGAAUCGGCCGACCCGACCUUCGCGCCGGGCGGCUCGUGUCAUGAACGACUUCGCGCGGCGCGCUCUUACGUCGCUGCUGCCGCCGACUCCUUUCUUCUCCUCGCUGCACGCACCACGCCGGCACAUCGUCCUUUCUCGGCAACACCCCUCUCUCCUCCCUCCCCCCUCCACCCGCGCGGCGCUGCUGCCUUCCGAGAGAGCUGUCGCCGCCGUCCGUCCGUGGUGCGCGGUGGAAAAAAAGCGCGCCGGUCCAGUCGCCGCUCGGACAUCGCUCAGCGGCAGCGGCAGCGCCCCACCGACCAGCGUCACCCUCCAGCGAGUGAGCGAGAGCCGUGCUCUGUCCACAACCACCGCGCUGCUGUCCGGCCCGGCAAAACCCGUGCACAUACGUACAGCCAGCGAGCCAGAGGCGAGACACCCUCAGCAGAGAAAUGCUCCCCACGGCGAUGCUUCUCCACGUGGCCCUUGUAUCCUGCUUUGCGUCCGUCACGUUAGCGGCCCCGCCCGCUCACGGCCCACCGCCGCCGCCACCGAGGCGGCCGAGCCCGUACUCGGCGUUCCGCAGUAUCCGGCCCCCCGUGUGGUUCCGCGUGGAGCCCUCAACCAGCCGCCGAGCCGAAAGCUUCGUCGAGGUGCCCAACCUGGAGUCUCCCGGCGGAGACUUUGUGGGGCACCCGCUGGACUACGGCAGCAGCCUGAACUUCGGUGGCCCACUUGCCACCACCGUGGGUAAAGUGAAGGUGCUGGACUACGCGAGUCGACUGAACGCCGAGGGCGGCAGCAACAGCCGCUACGGCAAGCCGCUCGUCAAGCCCUACGAGAGCAUCUACGAAAGCAAGUCGCAGGGCGGCCAGAAAUACACGAGCGCCACCAAGAAGCAAAAGCAGCUGCCGAGGCCCACUUGGCGGUCGCAGGGCGAGAGCAGCGAGAACGAGAUCGAAGGCUCGUCGGUCGGCGGCGGCGAUGUCAAGGACGAAGCGUCGCCGGUGCAGCCUUCCCAACUCGAGGACGACCACCUGCCACCCUUUGACUUCGCAACCUCCCGGAGCGGCGAGGAGUCGAGAGAGUCGCCUUUCCCUGAGGCCGGGGAGAUGGCGGGGUUCUUCUUCUGAUCAACCUAUAACGGUGUUCGCCUUCGGCGAUUCCGUACUCUUGCCGCCGUUCUCGCUCCUGUUAAAAGCAUAGCGAGAGCGAAAGCGAGUGGACCUCCCUUGUAGUGUCGCGACAAAGUACUCCUUCUGACAGGACAGUAGCGCUAGGGUUAUUGAGCGGAUUUUCUUUGGCUGAAGUACUGCUUCCGUGCCGGGAGUGGAAGGAUCGCCGGUGAGACUUAGUGUGGCUGCCGUCUAGGGCGGAGACGAUAAAGCAUUUGGGUGGUCUGGGAGGUCUUCUCAAUGCCGUAAGGUCUGGAAGCUUGGAAAACGUGCACGACGUGGCGCUGGCGGUUGGACAGCCCGUGCGCUCGAAUCCAGGCGCCGGCAGGGUGGCAGUGAUGCCAAGUGCGUUUACAUUCUCAGCACUUGGAACUUUGCGAUUGAACCAUUAGCGUAAAUGUGUGGCGCGACGGCUGUGAACUUAACUGGCCUUUUGUCAGGCAGGCAGCGUUGCUUGAAGCAGUGGUGCGGUACGGAUAGCUCCAGUCAUGAAGCUACCGGAGGCAGAAGUACUCGUUUUGGUUACAUCGGCGGUAUUGCAUGGCGUAAGUAGCAGUGGGUAGAAGUAUAUCUGACAGAGUAUACUGAAACAGUGCCGACGAUGCGCGAACGUAUUACGAUGGGUGGCAAUCUAGCUCGCCAUGUUUAGGAAUGCCUUGUAACGUUGCCCGUUAAUAGCCGUGUAAAACUGAAUAGCGUUAAACAAAAAUUUCAAUGGUAGCGAUUAAUCUACGAAUAGCUAACAACACUUCGCUUAACGUUCUUCCGUUUGUUAGAUGGAGGUUUAGAAGUCCUGAGAGUGCAACUAUGAACUGCCAAAUGAAAGUGUCUUCACAAGGUCUGGCUUCGUUGUGUUAAGAACCGGUGCAUUCAUCUUUCUUUGCUGGUGCGAAGCCUUGGUCUCUUCGCUUGCCAUUCAGGACGCAUUACUUAUCCUCACACGUACGUACGUGUGUGGGCGGGCGCGUACGUGCAAAAAUGAUGUAGCAACAACGUAGUGGCUUACCUUCGUGUGGUGCGCGGCGUACCGUUGCAGUCAAACGCCUUGACGCCGUGGCGUUCGAAUGCGCGUCGAGAUUCCUUUGCCAGUAAAGAGAAUAAUAAUAAUAAAAAAAGGUAGAAUACUCAUGCUUCAAUUUCUAGGCCGCGAACAAGACUUGUUACGUCUCUCGCGGAAUAUGGACGCGAAUCCCAAUGACCGGCAGAACGACAUCUACGCCCUACCUCCACGAUUAGCAUGCGAAAUACAUUGAGGACGAGGAAGAUAGAAUACGCCGAAACCAUGGUAGUUUGUGCAACCGCGAAGCGUCUGAUAAGAUGCGCUGAUCCGUCAUACGGACAGCAACAGGGGCCCCGUAUAGAGUGCGGAAAUGUUGCUGCACCAGCUAAUCUUUGGCAUAGUACAUGUCGCCAGAUGCACUGAUCUUGCAACUCGUCCACUCGUUUACUUUGACUUGGAAAUGGCGCGAAGUAGCCCUUGAUGUACAAGGACAAAGCAGAAGUUACCGAUGACUUGACGACAGCAACUCCCGUUCAAUUUGCUGAAGAACCGUGGAGACGCCGUCGAGGGCAACUUUUCAUGACUUGCUUUCAGGGAGGUCAAAAUGAUUUAAUUCGGCUUGCAGAGGUAUUUGACAGGGAAUAAGAAAUAUGUUUCCUGCGUGACCUGCAAACAAGUAAAGGUGCGCUCGUGCAAUCCUGUGGAACUUUCAGGCAUUUUCAUCUUGUGCAAGUUGCGUUUCCCAACACGGAGGAUGACCGUGGUGCACAGAGUCCCCAGAAUCGUACGAAACGUCAAAUGUAUACAUGCACUCCCAUUUAGUUUUCUAACUUUAACUUUACGUGUGGAACGAUAGCGCAAGAAUGUCAAAGAAAAUUUGGAACAAAGAAAGAAAAUAACUUUUAAUGGAUGUUUGUUAUGUUUUCGCUUUUCGGAAAAAUAGAUAGUAUAUGUGACCUAGGGCAAUGCUUGAAACGCCUUCUUGUGGUGUGAAGAUGUUAGUGAGCUCCUGUGCAGUAUGUAAAGAUUCCCACUAAAGAGUGCAUUUUCGCGCGCUCCUAAAAUAAAUAAAACGUUUUAUGACGACAACUUAAGACGCAGUGGCGCCAUUCGUAACUAUGCAGAAUAAUAUAAAAUCCGCAUCGGAGAGUCGUACAAAUUGCGAAGCAUGUUUUACACGCCAUCGCCUCAGUAUGCCCCAUUCUACAUAAGGAAAAGCAAGGUUUACUGUCUGAGAUUGCGCAGCUGCUUUAAGGUACUCGAGUUUUUGCAUGUUCAAUUUGAACGCAAGAAAGUUAUAUUGAAAAGCCAUUCUUCCGUAAUCGUAGAUGUUGUAGGAGCGUUGAAUGCUUGUCGAUCAAGAAAUCUUGACUAGAAGCAAAAUCAGGUCGCGAUAUUUUUAGUGCAGAGCGUGCUGUCCUGUUUUCCUAUAAGUGCACCUAUGCUUGAAGCAACUUGAAACGUCCUUCCAUCUGCUGUAUAUAGAUUAUCAUCUUGUUUAUUUGUGUCGUAUCUGUUCUUUGUGGUGUGUAACGGCAGUUUCAAUCAUAAAGAGUGUGUAAUGUUGUGGUUAUGGACACGAAAACUGCUCUCAUGUUUACGUGCUUGCCGUGCUUUGCAGAAACACCCACACGAUUUUUAUGAGGGUGAAUCACAACAGCUGUUUGUUGUUUCGUGAGAUAUAUUAUACUUCUUUUUAGCCUACAUCCUAAGAAAAAGAAAUGUGAGUCGUGUGCGUGAUACUAUGUGCCUGAUCACAGUGUUGGAAUAAACCUUAUUUUUACGUACAAAAUGAAGCUCUGUUUUUGAGUCUCUCGCUUAGAACAGUCUUAUUUCGGAGCAUAUGCUAGGAAAGCGCUGCCUCAAGUCGAGAAAUAAAUGUUUUCAGAUGUACUUAGUCAUUCAAAAUCUGUAUCGGUAAAAAGUGCCAUGACUGCAGCUCUUGUUCCUGCGUUCUCUUUGCGAUUGCAUUGUUGUUAUACGUUU